UCGUUUUCCCAUCGUAUGGCGCAGCUUUUGAAGCGUGUUCAGACAGCUCCUUGUGGUCAGCAGCGCAUGGCUUGCAUUAUUCCACAUAGCUCUUCGCUCAAAUAUGCCCGUACUUCUCCGGGACGAUGUGGACUUUGAAAGAAUCUUCCAAAAACUUGGACAUGAACUGGAAGAAAUCAGAGUCCGAGCAUUGAAAAACGUUAUCAGUAAACUAAACUAUGGAUUGGUCUGUCUGUCAGACCUGGUUCAGGAGAAACACCUGUUUAUUCGCUUAUUGGAAUGGUUCAACUUUCCCAGUGCUCCAAUGCAGUCAGAGGUGCUUGGGUUGCUGCAUCAACUAUCAGAGCAUUCUACUGCAUGUGAGAGUCUUCGAGAAAUUGGUGCUAUAGACUUCUUAUCUCAUUUACGAAUGGACUCGCCCACAUCACUGAAAGACAAAAUCGAUACAAUUCUUGAGAAUUUGAUGAAGAUCCCAGAUUUAGAUCUGAAGUCAAAUGGGUGCGAACACAUCCAUUAUCAACAGGCCUGCUUUGAUCCAGUUUCUACCACUGAUCCAUGUGAUCCACAGACAGCCGAGAACGACAAUAUUGAAAGAGUGGUGUAUGAAGACAGUGUUGGUUCAAACCCAACAAGGGCUAAACCAGGCUUAGGGUUUACAAUGAGAACAUUUCCUUGGCUCACUUUAACUCAAACUGACCGACAUGUUUUGUCUUCUACACAUAGUUUAUUCCAGAACAAAGACCCCCAUGAACUGGCAAAUACCUGUGAAUUUCUCAGAGAUGUUGUCUUUUAUGAUUUUCCUGCUGAAAUUUUCCUUCAGAGACCACAAAUUACUCAGAGUCUUUUGGAGGUCUUGGAGCUCUCUUGCAAGCAAAUUACUCCACCUUUGGACUAUAACACCUUUUUAAACCAGCCAAAUUUACUGGUUCAAGUCAGCCGGACGUUGAGAAGCCUGACCAGUUGCUUACAUACACGAUUAAAAUACCACCAGGACCCAGCUUUUUAUACUCCCAAACCAGAUGUUUGGUCCAACAUCUCAACAUUAUCGGCGCCUUCUCCAAAUGGAUCAGCUUUCAGCCAUUCUAUACAUUCCAAUGACACUCGCUUCUCUGCUCUGGGUAAAAGUGAUUCUCGUUGCACAGGUGAUGGCAGGGAUGGAGACACUUCUAUGUCUUCGGUAGAGAGGUUAUCUUCUCAAAUGAUCUUAGAUGCCUCCUUACAGGCAACAGAUGAGCUAGAAGUGGAAAAUGUACAGACACUACAGCAGGAGCAGAUCACGUUACCAGUUUAUUGUCUUGACUUAAUCUUCACUAGCCUUAGCUUACUUAAAAAGUCUUCCCAGUUGUCGGAUGUGUCAGCUCUUGUGCAGUUGUUGCCAAACACGAUGGAACUUCUCUCUGAAAGUAUUACUGUUGAGAUUUGGAGCAACCAAAGUGAAGCUGCAAGGAAAAUUGUGAAUAAACUAAAGGACUGUAUAGAGUUAAUAUGUGAACUUCUGCAGCAGCAUCACCAUAGAAACCAACUCUUUGAAAAUCGUAAAACCUCGCAGGAACUCAUUGUGAAAUCCAGGCAGAUAUUUAUUGCUCUCAGCUGUUUUCUGGUUUCUUUCCUGGAGCAGUUAGUUACUGUAGAGAAGAUCCAGUCUUCGAUGCCGGAAAUAUUACCCACUGCCAUAGAACUUGUAGCCUUUGAUGAAUGUGUGUCACAGAUGUGGCCUGAUCUGCAUGCUGCUAUUUUGGGUUACUUAUAUCAAUUAGCCCACGAAAAAUACUGUCUUUACACACACACGGCAAGAGUUUGCACUUCUUUACAACGUACUUGCUGUUUUCUUGCAAAAGUUAGCCAAGUGGACGAUGAUUCUACAGAAUUACUUGACCUAGCCAGCAGCUGUUUACUUGGAAUCCCUUACCAUAUACACGUGCAAUUUAUUCACAGACUCAUUGACUUUUGUUCGCAAUAUUGCCGAACUUUGGAUGUUUGUCGCUUGAAAGAGGAAACACAAGUCUUUGAGAUUUUUGUGAAAUUACUGGCUCAUUCCAAAACACGGGUGAAGGAAAUAUCAUAUGAAUAUACUCUGAAGCUUGUGAAAGAAUAUUUAAAUAUUAACGAAAUUGCAGCUCACACAUCAUCAUCAUUACAGUUGGGAAUUAAAUUUUUAAUUAAUCCAAUAGUUCUGCAUGAAAUUAUUUUCUUUGGAAUGGCAGACACGGAUAAAAAGAUCUCUCAACUAGCUGCUGACAUCCUCUUGUAUUUGCUACAAGCUCAGCUUCUUGUAGAUGGUGAUAUUUGGCAAGAAUUCAUCGCUGCUUUGGCCAAAUCUUUGCCUUUGUUACAGUCAUAUGCUGAGACUGAAACCCCUCUCGGAUAUUGCAUUCUUGGGAUGGUGGAACCUAAUAAAGAAAGUGGACCAACAUCCUUACCUCGCUGUGAGAAGUUCCGAGGAGUUUUAAGACUUAUGUUCUCACCUAACAGCAAAGUUCGUUGUGAGGCUGUGACACACCUGCUGUGGUUCAUCUGUCAUGAGAAGGAGCAGGAGUUGAAGCUACCCCAGGUGAAUGACCUCAAGAUACCUGAGUUACCAGACUUCUUCUCCAUGCCAUGUUUACAGCUGUUGGAGUUGGAGUUGGAACAAGAAACCUCAGUCUUUAAUGCUGAUGAUGUAACCAAAGUGUAUAACAUAUUCUGUUCCAAGACACUUGAUGAAGAAAUGAAGAAGUCAGCUCUCGAACAGCUUGCUAUUAUGUUACUUGAUCACAAUCUUCAUAACAUCUUCAAAGAACUUGGUGGCAUCGAAGAAAUUUUGUUCUAUAUCCAUAAAAGUGUUUUAAAAGAACAAGCUUCAUCUGAGCAGAGACUCAUUAACUACACCAUCUUUCUUCCUUGUUGCGUGAAUAUUCUGUCUGUGAUCCUACAAUACAACAGUACUGAAAGACAUCGACUGAAGGACAAAGAAGAAUUAUACUACAGCUUGUUACGAGUUGCUUUGCUACAUGACCAAGAGGAAUCCUUAAAAUAUGAGGUCACCAAAAUCUUGACCUUUCUCUUGUUUGAUGAAGUGAUUCUCUCAGAUGCAGCUUGUAAAUCACCAGAUGACAAAACAAAGUUCAUCAAGUUUUCGAUGCCUUAUUUUGUGUGUAAGAGAUACAACUUCCCAUACAAACCUCCUAUACAUCCUCAGAGUACCUCCAUUUAUUCUUCGGAAUAUUCCACUUUAGAUCCACUCACGCCAUCUCUCAAAGAAAUGAUUCGCUUUGCUUGGAACUUUGCCUGGCAUCAUGGUAUCAAUGGCCUUGUACAAUUUGGACAGACUUCAUCCACAUCAUCAGAAACAGUUGUUGAGUAUCCUAAACAUUUGGAAUUAAGUUCUACAGACUUUCUAAUUAUCAAAACCAGUCAUUUACCCACUGGCCUUCAAGAGGCUGUCCAAGCUAUUUCCACUGCCACGAAUCAUUUUGCUGUCAAUUCAGCUUUAAAUGUGCUCCAUCUUUACAUGGUAAUGCCAGGAAACUGCCAAAAUAUCUCCUGCAAGACUUUACACCAACUCAAGUGGAACGAAGCAUUAUCUCGAUUUCUACAAGUUGUACCAUCAAGUCCUCCUGACCAGUGGUUGUUGUGUGAAGUAUUGUAUUUCAUUGGUUCUGUCUUCAAGCUCAGUGGCACUGUUCCUUUACACAUCCUACAGUGGUUGGCAAAUAUUGUAUAUAAUCCUAAGGCAGCACUGUAUAACCUUCUCCACAGAACUGAGGGAAUCCAUGAUGUCACAGAGAGCAUGGCUGCCUUGAAAAAAUCGUUGGAAAAGGAAGUUAUCAAUGUUAUCACCUGCUUUCUCUCUCAUCAGCCUUAUGUUUUACAUAGCAAGUUAAAGAUAGAACAGUUACGAGGAGAUUUAACUGAAAUGUUACUCAUUCACCUAAAUGUUGCUGAAGCUCCACAUUUUUAUAACUUAGCACCACUGCAAGCAUCGUUACAGUGUCUGAUGCAUGUCACUGCAAGGCUUGGCUGGAGCGGAGAAAUUAGUGAAACUGAUGGAGUCAGUCUGACUUUGAAGCUUCUUGGUUGUUUGUUGGAGAUUAUAUCGGCUUUCCACAUUGGUCGUGGUGGCACCGUGAUGUCAUACAUGGGAAAAGGGGUGACGAAAUCAGCCACUAUGUGUCUCCAGCACCUUGCUUUAGAGAUGGAAAUAUAUUCAGAAAAUGAGAAAUGGCCAGAGCAUUGGUUGUACAUGAAGGAGCAGAACCGGCUUUUGAUGGAAACUGGUUUAAAUUGGUUGUUAACGCUGUGGGCCUACCGAGAUCCUGAGGUAAGAUGUGCUGGUCUUGGUAUUGCGGUCACUCUGUCCUGGAGCAGUGUUGGUCGUUCCCUUGUCACAGCCAACUGUCGACACAUACCAGGUGGUAUUUGGGGAGUAGUCUUCACUAUUUUGCUGGACUCAUCUGAAAGUAGCCUCGUUAGACAACAGGCUGCCUAUUUGUUGGUCAACCUGAUAUCCAAGCCAUUACCAAGCAGUAGCAAUGGCAGCAACGGAACCUCUGAAGGACCAGUAAUCAAUGAUUCUUACUAUCAGGAACCUUUAGUUGGUCUGACAGCCUUGAUGGUUCUACUACAACACUGCCAGUUCUACCAAACUGUCAGCCAACUCUUGGCUAUGUAUUACCCACAACCUACAAUAAGUCCUCUCACCUUCAUGGAGACUAAUUACUCUCUGUUACCUGGACCUUUACUGGAUGUACCUGUUACAGGAGCUCAGAAUAAACUGAAGAUGAUGCAGAUACAACAGUUAAACCCAGAACACAGUUCUGUAAUUCCCAAUGAUGUUACUUCUGAGACCAUUCCUUCAUGUGGAGGGAGUAAAGUUGACCAAACUGGAUACUACCAACAAACUCCAUUGUCCAUUAGUAACCAAUCUUCUGUGACAAACUCAAAACAAAGCACUCCCAGAAGUCCACGUGGUGUAGAUAAGUUCCCAGCAUUCCCUGCAAGGACUAAUGUGAAUACGGCCACCACACCAGCUCUAGUUACUGCUGUGUGUCAUCUCCUCCAUAACUUGGUCAUUUUAUCACCCGAAGACACGGUCAGUUCUUUAACCAACCAUUUGAUACCGGCAUCUCUUAUGGCUCUGUUGGACAGUGAACUACUAGAAGAGAAUGUCUGUUGUGAGUCUGGCAGUGAUGUUAGUUCCGGUGCAGUUGAAUUACUUGGCCAGCAGCUCCUACAGAUGCAUUGCGGCAUCAUCAAGUUGAUGGAGACCUGUUCCGUCCAGAAUGCAACAUUCCGGAAGAACAUCCUCCACAAUACAUCAUUCCUCUCAGAACUUGUUCAUCUGCUUGGUGUUUCUCCACAACAAGAAUCCCAACCCAUUCAUGUGAUGUGUGAAACGAUGUACCAGAAAACUUUCUCCAUGCUCUCAACGUUUUUACAACUAGAAGGUUCUUUGGCACUCGAUGCAUCCGCUGUGAUUUUUGAAGAGAACUGGAGCAUCCUCUUUGGUUGUAUUGAAUACACCUUGUUGAAGAAGCAGAACCAAAGUUUGCAGGAAAGUUGCUUAAUGUUUUUGGCUCACCUGUUUGCUGAGGAAGGGAAAAUGCAGAGUAAAACCCUGAAGAAAGAAGCUAUAGACAACAGAAUUAUUAAAAGACUUCUUGAUGAUACAGUUCCACCUUCUUCCAAACGAUACGAUGCUAACCAAAAUACCACUUCAGGUUCUAUACUGUGUAAUCUUCUUAUGAAAAUGCAUGAGAGGGUGAUUUCAAAACCAGGCGAUGAAUUGGUACAUCUUUCAGGCAAUGCUUUGAAAUGCUUGCUUGCCAUAAGCUUCUCUGCCAAGGACACCGCUCUGAAAGGUGGCUUUGUAGAAAGUGUGAUGCAACAUUUGAAAGAUUGGCAUGCCAAGCUGAAUCUGGCGUUUCUUCAGUCAAAGAAAAACUCUUCUUCAAGAAAGAAACAGACAGAAUCAUUAUUACAAGAUGUCUUGAUGGCCUUCCAAAUAUUGACCAACUUUGCUACACACCACCAAGAGGUUAAGUUGGUGUGUCAGAGCAGUUACCUACCUCAGAUGGUCCACUCCAUGUGGUGUUGGUGUCUUGAAGAUAAACCACUCAUGUGUUCUGCUGUCAACCUCCUCAUCUCCUAUACAGCCAAUUGUCCAAAAGCUUGUAGUUCACUGGCAUACACCCAUCCCGUCACGCAGGGCAGCAAUAGCAGCAUCAUUCCGAACCGUAACCAGUUAAGCAACAACUCACUGGUCCACUGUUUGGUACACCUUUUGGCAUCGGAACCAACCAAAGACAAUGGCUCUUUGAUAACGUCAGUGUUCCAUUUGUUGUCAAUAUUAAUGGUUUCAGGCGAAUGUCGCAACAUCCUUCUCAAGGUGAACUUCUUGAAUGAAUUCCCCAACAUCACAGUGAAAAGGACCAAGAGAAAGACAGAUCUGCGGAACAGUUACGAUGCGGAACUUUGUUGGCUGGAGUUGUUCCGAUCCUUGUCCUUCUCUGAUGAGGGUCAGCUCAUGAUAUUUAAGAUCAAAAAUUCCAUCGAGAGGUUACUGGACUUGUGUGAGAAUGGUACGACCAUCAGCCACCAGGAGAAAGCAUUGUUGGUGAUCAGAAAUAUCAGUUGCCACUGUUCAAACAAAAAUAAACUUUUGGCCUACAAUCAGCUAAUUCCAGUUUUGCUUAAAUGCUUGGCGAGCGAAGAAGAGAUAUUGAAAGUGAUUGCAGCUACCACAUUAUCAGCACUAGUUUACAAUAAUCAAAAGGCAAAAGUCAUUCUUAAGAAUGCCAAUAUGUUACCUAACUUGCAAGACUCACUGCAAGGUUUGUCUGAAUUCUCAGAACUGGGUCUCAAAUGUAAAGAACAUGUCCAAAAUAUCAUAGAGUCUAUUAUAGAAUAGCUUGACAGGAGAGAAAAAAAAAAUAAAUAAAAGAUGGAAAGAAAAUUUGAUGAAUUUUUUUGCAAUGUAAAUUAAUUUAAUUGUAGUUUCUGUUGAUAUCAAAACAUCCAUAAUUUAUGUACAAAUUAGAAAAAAUGUCACUAUACAAUAUUAUCUGCAAAAUAUAUUUCUUUUUUCCUCUUUUCCCACAUUGAUCCUAUAAGCUUUCUGCUCUCUGACAUCACAAAUACUGAAGAUGUUAGACAAAUGAGGAAAAUAAAAUCUGAAACAAAAGGGAAGAGAGAAAAGAGAAACAUUAAAAGAAUUAAACAAAAGGCAUGUAUUAUACAGAUAAGGGAAGAGAGAAAAGUGUAGCAGGGAAGGCGAAAGAGGGAGUUUUCAAAAUUGAAUAUCAAUGUAGUUGCUGUGUAACUAUGAAGCUUACUUCCAAACCAUGUGGUCUUGGGUUCAGUCCCAUUUUAUGCCACCUUUUAUAUAGCCCUGGGUUGACCAAAGCUUUGUGAGUGGAUUUACUAGAUGGAGACUGAAAGGCAGUCAUGUGUAUAACUUUGUCUAGCCCUUUAGGCCAUAUCCAGCCCAAAUAUUAUACCUGUUUCAUGUUCAGACUAGACAGAUCUGGCCCCCUCACAUGUACCCUACAAUAUUAUAUACACAAUCACAUCAUUAAAAUCUUAAAGCUAUAAGAUAAUGAUAAAUUUUAAACAAUGUAAAUAAAUAUGCAUUACAUUUGACAAAGUACUCUGAAUGCUAAAGGGCUAGAUGCUAUGUGAUGGUCAUAAAUGAACAUCUUUGUCAUACAAACAAGGAUUUUUGAUUAAGUUUUUUGUUAAAAAAGAAAAAGGGCUAGCCAUGGGGAAAUACUACUUUGCUUGGAAACAGGCGUAGGUUAGCUUGACCCAUGGGAAAGUGGAUGCUAAAUGAUGAUGAAGAGUGCUGAAACAGGUGUAGGGAGAAGAGACUGAGAUUAAGAUAUUCUUAGUCUGAUACUUACCAUUAAUGUAUAAUGCUUCUGUCUGAAAGACAGCCUGGAGAGGUGGAAAGUAAAUGACCAAUAACUGACCGACAAGAGACCCACCCACAGCUAUCAAAAACAUACGAUUGGUAAAAAGUCCAAUUUGAAAUAUUGAUUUGGUCUGGAAGAAGAAACAAAGAUACUUUGUUAGUAUUGACUUAUAAAAACAAUCAGUACACUUUAUAGUAUAUUAUGGUUGCACAACAAAAUACCAUGUCCCUACAAGUCAUUAAUAAAAUACUUUGUGAGGUGGUGUCGGGGGUACAAAGUCUUGUUGGAAGAGAAGACUAAUUUCAGUAAAAAGGUUGUCAACUUACCUGUGAACGACAGCCAAGUGCAUUGAACAUGUCAAACAAUACAAAACAGGUGAAAGUCAUUGUUGUGUCCCUAGGGGUGAUUUUAUUGUCACUCAACUGAAAAAGAAAUGGCAACAGGUGUUAUGUUAGUUCAAUUAGUAAUCUUUACCAUAAAAGCUUUACACUUUAUCUCUCUUUCCACUAAUGAAACUAAUUGGGGGUCACCUGAGUUUGUUUGCCUCAUCAUCAUUUCCUGGCCACUUUGCCAUGCUUGCAUAGGUCACAGUUUGAGGCAGUUUUUCUCUAACCAGAUGCCAUUCCUGUCACCAAUCCUCACCUGUUUUCAAUCAAGGUAUUAUUAUUCCUCAUGGUCAGAAAUGUUUUUGAUGAAUAUUGUAAAUGAAUGUCACUGUCAUUACAAGCAGUGUCAUUCAUUUCCAAGUAUCACAUGAUGUCAAAACAAAGACACACACACACUUCCAUCAAAUCCACUCACAAGGCUUUGGCCAGCCUGAGACUAUAGUAGAAAACACUUGCCCAAGGUACCACUCAGUGAGACUGAACCUGGAAUCAUGUGGUUGUCUUAUUUGUCAUGAAGUUGGAAGAAGGAUCUUAAUGAAACCUCUUUUGCCAGUUCAUAUAUUCUCAGAAUGGUAUGGAAAACAUACCAUUCAGUUGAAGGGGAUCUUAUUCUUGCAAGCUAAAUGGUAAACCUUACUAGCACUGGUGCCAAGAAAAAAAAAAGCAUCCCGUAUACACUGUAAAGUAAUUGGUGAUAGGAAGGGCAUCCAGCCAUAGAAACCUUGAAUCCUGCCAAACCGUCCAACUCCUGCUAGUAUGGAACCAGGACAUUAAAAGAUGAUUCCUUUACUACAACACAUUGCUCCCUAAAUCUAAAAUAAUCAGCACCAAAACAUAAUUAAAAAAAUACACUAUCUACUUACUUAUCAUCUCAAAUCCUUCAACCUUCCCCCAGAACCAAACUGCUCAGUAUUCCAUCUCCAAUCAAUAUCUACCGUCCAGUAAUCUUCGACCUCUUCACCACUUUCUCUCACCAAUCUUGGUGGUCUGUGUUAUUAAGCUAUUCAUUUCACCACUGGAGAACCCACAUCAGGCAGGAAGACAAUCAGGAUUUCCAGUCCCACAGACCAGAGAAUCAAGUGAUAGUGCCUUAUUCUUCAUCAAUGCAACCCACCUUUCAAUGACCCACGCAUGACAACCUAAUGUCUGUAAAAUUUUAUAAAGGAAAGGUGGGGGGUUAAAAGAAGACCAACUUCAAUGAACUGUGACUUACCUCUUUCCAGAAAACCCACAACGUUCCUGAAACUAUAAUGAACGAUGAAAAUAAAAUAUAAAUGAGUAAACUCUU